CGAUGUCUCCUCUGCGCAGGCGCACUGUGCGGACAUGCGAGCAGCGGCGUGAUGUGGUUUCUCCGUCCCAGAUAACCCGAAAAAAACCCUCAAAAUAACCCGAAAAACCUUCAAAAUGACGGACUACGCCGAAGAGCAGAGGAACGAGCUGGAGGCCAUUGAGUCCAUCUACCCGGACUCCUUUACAGUUCUUUCAGACAACCCCACAAGUUUCACCAUCACGGUCACAUCAGACGCUGGAGAGAAUGGAGAAACCGUCGAAACCACGUUAAAGUUCACGUAUGUGGAGAGUUAUCCCGACGAGGCUCCGCUUUGGGAAAUCCAGUCCCAGGAAAACCUGGAGGACGGAGACGUGGAGGAGAUACUGACACUACUGCAGCAGCAGGCAGAAGAGAACUUGGGCAUGGUCAUGAUUUUCACUUUGGUCACGGCCGUUCAGGAGAAACUCAACGAGAUCGUGGACGCCAUAAAAACCAGAAGAGAAGAAGAGAAGCUACAGAAAGAGAAGGAAGCAGAGGAAGCGGAGAAGAAAGCCUUCCAAGGCACAGUCGUCACAAUAGAAAACUUUUUGGCCUGGAAAGCCAAGUUUGAGAUGGAGAUGACAGAAAUCCGGAAGAAAAGGCAGAAAGAGGAGGAGCAGUCGGGGAAGAACAAACUCACAGGAAAACAACUAUUUGAGACAGACCACAAUCUCGACACUUCAGACAUCCAGUUUCUUGAAGAUGCUGGAAACAACGUGGAAGUGGACGAGUCUUUGUUCCAGGACAUGGAGGACUUGGAUUUGGAAGAUGAUCCAGACUUUGACCCUUUGGAGAUGGGCAGUGAUGAAGACUGAAGGACCUCAGAGCGGAGGACCUCGGACCGGAGGGUCUGGGACCAGGGGGCCUCAGACCGGAGGACCUCAGACUAGAGGACUCUUCUCAAUCCAGUCCAAUGCAAAAACUCAUUUAUUUUCUAAAGACUCUGCAGCUCGUGGAAAAACCUGCCUAACAACAUAAUCAUGUUUAUUACAUUUUUAUUUCAUCAAAUGGCUGAGCAAUUAAAUUUAACAAAUACAGUAAAA